AUGUCUGCCGAGAAGAGACCGGCGGACGAGGAGCUGGGCUCAGGCCAGAUGAUCGUAAAGCGUCAGAAUGUGGGAUCGUCAACAGGAGCUUUGGCAAGGCUCAACGCCUCAGGGAAGAGCAGCGCGUUAGUACAGACGACACCACGUACGAGUAACCUGCAGGCACCUGUCAUGGAACUAUCUGGUCACUCGGGCGAGAUCUUUGCUGCGAAAUUUGACCCGACGGGCAAUUUCAUCGCCUCAGGAUCUAUGGACAGAAACAUUUUGCUCUGGCGAACGUACGGCGAUUGCGAAAAUUACGGCAUCCUCAACGGCCACCGCAGCGCAAUUCUAGACCUACAGUGGUCCAGGGAUUCGAAAAUAGUCUUCUCCGCUUCGGCAGAUACGCAUCUGGCAAGUUGGGACCUCGAGAACGGAACCAGGAUACGAAGGUACGUUGGCCACGAAGAAAUUGUCAACGCCAUCGACACCAGUAAACGGGGCGAGGAUAUGCUGGUCAGUGGUAGUGACGACGGCUCGAUCGGUUUAUGGGACCCGAGGUCAAAGAGUGCGGCAGACUACAUCCAGACGGAGUUCCCUAUCACGGCCAUUGCAAUGUCGGAAGCUGGAAAUGAGGUCUACACGGGAGGCAUCGAUAAUGAUGUCAAGGUCUGGGACUUGCGCAAGAAAUCGGUCGUGUACUCGAUGCUCGGGCACCAGGAUACGAUUACUUCGCUCAGAGUCUCUCCAGAUUCGCUAUCUCUGCUUUCAUAUGGCAUGGACUCCACGGCAAGGACAUGGGACAUUCGGCCAUUCGCGCCAACCGAAAGAGCCAUCAGAACGUUUGACGGUGCUUCUGUGGGCCUGGAGAAGAACCUCAUCAAAGCUAGCUGGGAUUCCGAAGGCAAGAAGGUGGCUGUCGGUUCAGGUGACGGCACUACGACUAUUUGGUCUAGCGAGACUGGAAAGCUCAUGUACAAGCUUCCGGGUCAUAAGGGAACCGUCAACUGUGUCGAAUUCGCGCCCGGAACGGAACCCAUAGUACUUUCUGCAUCGUCUGAUCGGAAUAUGCUGCUUGGGGAGCUCCGGUGA